CUCUCCGUCAUGCAGACAUCGCCCUCAUAGGCCAGACUGCCAUGCUCGAAGGAUUCGACUAAGUAGGGAAGCGCAGGAUCAUUGGUGACCCUGGACCCCAAUACCAAGACACAGCCUGACAUGAUUUUCAUAUAAUAAGUGUUUUCUUUUCACCAGUCGGCAGGAUGGAUCACGAUUCGGAUUCUCGCGCUCCUCUUCUCAGCGGUAGAAGUUCCGGCGAGAGCAUGCUGGGCAAGGGAUUCAACGCAGCCCAGGGCGAGGCUCUGAUUAUGGGCACCUCGAUACCGGAAAUGAGCCUAACACCGGGACGAAACAUACCUCUGGUGAUGUGGCAGAGAUUGAAGCGUUGGCCACGGUGUGGUCAACCCGGAUGCUGUAUACAGGAUAUGCGCUGGCGUUUUUUGAUCUUCUUUGUCAAUUCUUUCAAGCAGGAGACUACCGGCACGCUCUCGCCAUACGUAUACUCGGCUUUUGACAAUCAUUCCUUGAUUUCCACUACCAGAGUCUUGACAAGUGUGAUUGAAAGUGUCGUCAAACUGCCAAUUGCUAAACUGAUAGAUGUCUGGGGUCGUCCGGAGGGCUUUUUGAUUAUGAAAUUACUGUGCACUCUUGGCUAGUCGGCCUGUAGAAACGUCGAGACUUAUGCUGCAGCAAAGGUCAUAUAUUGGGUGGGAUAUAAUGGAUGGAUUACGUCCUUCACGUCUUCUUAUCCGAUACAACAGACCUGGUGAAUCGAGCGUUUGUAUAUGACAUUGCGGGCACCCCUUAUAUCGCCACGACCUUUGCCGGACGAGCUGCAGCCCA